UUUUCAAAGAUUAUGUUAGUAAAAUAUCUCAUGGAGAUACCUUUUCUAGUCCAAAAUUUUGGAUCCCACAAAAUUGUCAUGAUGAUAAUAUCAAGCCUACUUUAUGGCAAUUACAUUUAUAUCCGAAUGGUGAUUUAGGAGCUAGAAAUUAUAUUUCAAUUUCUCUUGAAGCUAUUAAGACACCAUUUGAACGUUCAAAUAAUAUAAACGAGAGAGAACAAAGACACAAGCUUGGAAUUGGGAAAACUUUUGUCAAUCGAGCAUCCAGGUCAAAAACUCUUAUCAAAAAAGUUACAUAUAUCAAACAUAAUUACAAUUUCAAUAACCCACCUGCAACUUGGAGUCUUGACCAAUUUAUUUCACUGAACGAAAUUUUACCUGAUAGUAAUAGAUCCAGAUCAACUGAUAUCUUUAUUCAAAUUAAGUUUAUUGACUCUGAUGAAAGUAUUGAAAGGAAUGAGAUUUUAUACGAAAAAACCGAGAAAGCUUUUGAAGAUGAUGAUUUGGCGGAUAUCGAAUUUAAUUUUGGUUGCGAUAAACCCGUUAAGGCACAUCGUGUGAUUUUAGCGAUUGAAUCCAAAUAUUUUAAAGAAAAAUUUCAAGGAGAGUGGAAAGGGAAGAAAGUUGUAAGAAUUGAAAAUACUAAUUGUAUGGCAUUUCGUGCUGUUAUCUAUUUUAUAUAUACAGGAAAAAUGAUGUAUGAGGGAU